AUGUCAAUCUUACUCAGUAAUAUUCUUACUGAACCAGUGAAAGAGGCUCUCGGAGAAAUCAUCGGCAGAAAUUUGAGUGACGGGCUUGCUGCAUACUACGUUGGAGUUCCAGACCUAUACAAUUCUGAGUUUCAGUACACUGUUCUCUGCGUCGAUGGAACUAGGGGGGCCGCACGCCGUCAACUGGCUCAAGCCCUUAUUUUAGGUGACAGAUGUUCCCUACUGCCUCAAUGUGACAUGAGUGGAUAA